GAGCCACGCGCGGAGCGUCAGGGCGCAGUCCCGGGACGCGGGCUGCCGCGUGCGCUGCUUCGCCGCUCCUGAGGCCGCUCGCCCGCUGCUCGCCUCGCCACCUGGCCCGCCGGCCUGCGCCGCCGCGCCCGCCAGUCCGACAGGUGUUCUUGAAAAAAAAAUUCACAAUUUGGAUGUGAGAAAGGACAUGAGGAGACCAAGGACCUGGGAUUUUGCUGAUCAGAAUGAAACAAAUGUUGAAAGACUUUUCAAAUCUAUUGUUGAUGGUGCUCUGUGACUAUGUUCUUGGAGAAGCUGAAUAUCUCCUCUUGGGGCAGCCGGGCCAUGUAGCGCUAAGCAACAGCACAGUGUCUGUGGAUUUCCAGUAUUUUGAUGGUGCCAAUGGGACACUGAGGAAUGUCUCGGUCCUGCUGUUGGAGGCCAACACCAAUCAGACUGUUACCACCAAAUACCUCUUGACCAACCAGUCCCAGGGGACGCUCGAGUUUGAGUGCUUUUAUUUCAAGGAGGCCGGCGACUACUGGUUCACGAUGACUCUGGAAGCGACAAACAGCAGCACGCCAGGCCCCUGGCGGGAGCAGAGCACCUUUCUGAAGGUGGAAUGGCCCGUCUUCCACAUUGACCUGAACAGGACAUCCAAGGGUGCAGAAGGCACCUUCCAGGUGGGGCUUUUUACAAGUCAGCCCCUGUGCCCAUUCCCCGUGGACAAGCCCGACAUCUUGGUGGAUGUCAUCUUCACCAACAGCCUGCCUGAGGCGAGGCUGAGUCAGGGACAGCCCCAGGAGAUAAGAGCCAGCAAGCGGGCGGAACUCUCUCAAGGUCAGUGGGUUGAGUUUGGCUGUGCAUCCGUGGGGCCCAGAGCCUUCGUCACCAUAGUGCUGAAGUUGCUCGGCCGAGACUCGGUCAUUACCUCCACGGGCCCCAUUGACCUGGCCCAGAAAUUCGGAUACAAACUGGUGAUGGCGCCGGAACUCACGUGUGAGUCUGGGGUGGAGGUGAUGGUGCUACCCCCGCCAUGCAUCUUCGUCCAAGGGGUGAUUACCGUCUUCAAGGAAGCCCCCAGACGCCCUGGGGAAAGGACCGUUCAGCUGGCUGAAAACAGCCUGACCUUGGGAGAGAGGCGAACAGUAUUCAACUGCACUUUGUUUGACAUGGGGAGGAAUAAAUACUGCUUUGACUUUGGCGUUUCAAGCAGAAGCCAGUUUUCCGCAAAAGAGGAGGAGUGCAUGCUAAUUCAGAGAAAUAUAGAAACUUGGGGACUGUGGCAGCCAUGGAGCCAGUGUAGCGCCACGUGCGGGGACGGUGUCAGAGAGCGUCGCCGCCUGUGCCUCACCUCCUUCCCCUCCCGACCCGGCUGCCCUGGAAUGUCCUCGGAGACCUCUCCGUGUUCCCUGGAGGAGUGCGCUGCUUUCCGGCCAUCCAGUCAGUCUCCCCUCCAGCCCCAGGGUCCAGUGAAGUCCAACAACAUCGUGACGGUCACUGGGAUAUCCCUGUGCUUGUUCAUCAUCCUGGCCACCGUCCUCAUCACGCUGUGGCGGAAGUUCGGCCGCGCCCCCAAGUGCAGCACCCCCGCGCGCCACAACUCCCUCCACGGCCCUGGCUGCCGGAAGAACUCGGACGAGGAGAACAUCUGCGAGCUGAGCGAGGCGCGCGGGAGCUUCUCGGACGCGGGCGAUGGGCCGGCGGGGGGCCCGGGGGACCUGGGCAUCCCUCUGACCUACCGGCGGAGUGCGCCGGCGCCCCGCGACGAGGCCUCGGGCAGCGAGAGCUUCCAGCCCAACGCGCAGAAGAUAAUCCCGCCCCUGUUUAGCUACCGCCUCGCCCAGCAGCAGCUGAAGGAGAUGAAGAAGAAAGGCCUGACGGAAACCACCAAGGUGUACCACGUGUCCCAGAGCCCCCUGACCGACACCGCCAUCGACGCCGCCCGCGCCGCGCCCCCCGGGGACUCGGAGAGCCCGGAAGAGGCGGCCGCCGGCAAGUUCCGGAUCAAAUCCCCGUUCCUGGAGCCGCCCGCGGCCGGGGCCGGGGAAAGGCCCACCUCCAGGCUGGCUGUCGCCGUGUCGCCGGCCAGCUGUGCCGUCAGCCCCAGCCAGACCGUGAUCCGCAAGUCGCAGAUGAGGCACGCGGGCGGCAGGGGGGCGCUGCCGGAGAGGAGCCACCCCAGGAGUUCCCAUUUCCGCAGGACGGCGAGCUUUCACGAGGCCAAGCAGGCCCGGCCGUUCCGCGAGCGGAGCCUGUCCACGCUGACCCCGCGGCAGGCCCCCGCCUGCGGUUCCAGGACGCACACCUGGGACCAGGCGGAAGACCGAUUCCGGCCUCCGAGUCGAGGCGCUGCCCUGCUUCCGGAGAAGCUGGACCACGGCCAGGGGGCAAGUGGAACCGGUGGUGCGUUAAGCCCUCUCCCUAAAUCCCACACCUUGGGGCAGCACACGAGGAAGCCAGACCUGGGGGAUCGCCAGGCAGGAUUCGUGGUAGGCGGGGAGAGAACGGAGCCUCACCGAGCUCGAAGGGGACCGUCCCCCAGUCACAGGAGCGUCUCAAGGAAGCAGCCGUCCCCCACCGCCCCCAAAGAUAGCUACCAGAGGGUCAGUCCUCUGAGCCCUUCUCAGUGUAGAAAAGACAAGUGUCAGAGCUUCCCCGCCCACCCAGAGUUUGCCUUCUACGACAAUACAUCGUUCGGUCUCACUGAGGCCGAGCAGAGGAUGCUGGACCUCCCGGGAUAUUUUGGGUCAAAUGAAGAAGAUGAAACCACAAGUACGCUGAGUGUGGAGAAGCUGGUCAUCUAGACCGAGAUCAGCCUGAGACUUAACUCAACCAGGGUUCUUUCCCCAGCCCAGGGUAUCGAAUGCUCACGUUGUUCUGUAGAUUUUUGUGUAACUAUUUGUAUAGCAAGACAGAAUGUGGAGAGGUGGUAACUCACAUCAGUUUAUGCACAUGUGUUUUAAUUCAUAAGGAAGAAGUUAUUUAUCCUGAACUUUCCCCCUUAUUACCCUAUUUCUAUUGGCUUAUUACUAAUAACUAUGAUAAUAAAAUUUAAACAAGAGUGAA